AUGAAUCGUCAAAUGGGUUUAUUACGUCAACAUGAAAUUCGUGCUACACAACAAGUUGCACAACAACAAUCAACUCAAUCACUUGGACGAAUACAAGAAUAUAGUUCAACACCACCACAACAAUCACAACAUAGUGCACAAGCAACAAAUAUGUUUAUAACACGUAUACUUGAUGAAUGUGGACUUGAAAUAAAAAUGGCUGAUGAAGAAAAUAUGAAUAACAAUGAUGAAUUACAUCUUGAACUUAAAGUCGAUCAAGGUCUAUUGGCCAAACAUUUAUCACAACGUUUACGUUCAUCAUCAAACACGAAUUGCAAUACAACAACAACAACAACAGCAUUACCACCAAUAUCUUUAAAACAAUUUGAAACAGAAUUAAUAUCUUUCUUUUCCAAUGAUUCUAUAUUUCGUUCAUCUUUACUUCCAACAUCAAGUACCGAUGAUGUUUCACCACUUCGUUCUCAACAACAAGAUAGUCUUAUACGUAUAUUAUUAUGUGUUGAUGAAUUACAAAUGUUUUUAGCUAAAUAUUUACUUAAACGUCUCGUUCGUUUUGAUAAUAAAGGUGGUGAUCGUGUUAUUGUACAAAAUUUACCAUUAUCAAUGAUACGUCUUAUAUUACAAACAUUUCAUUAUCUUCCAAUAGGAAAAUUAACAAAUGCUAAAGAAUUACUUUAUUUUUAUUUAGAUGUUAUUGAUUUAGUGACAAAUAAUGAUGUACGUUGUCAAAUGAUAUCACUUGUAACAGAUAUUUUUUGUGAUGAUUAUUUACAAACGGAUAUUGUAACAAAAUUAGAGGAAAAACUUGAUUCAACCAAUAUUGAUGUUAUUAAACAAGUUUUAUCAACAUUAACAACAAUACAACUUAAUGAAUCAACUGAUAGACGUAUACGUGAAAAAAUUAUUCCAAUGAUUAUGACAGGUAUCUUAGAUGUUAAAGUUGAAUGUUUUAAUUAUUUAUUUGAAACAUCAACAAAAAUUAAUAUGUUUGAAACAAUUUUACUAUUUCGUGAUGUUGCUACUGUAUCUGGUAGAAGAUCUGAUCGUUUAACAAGUUCAACAAUAGAUAAUUUUCAACCAGUACAAAGUCUUUUCGAACGAUUUGAACAUUAUUUUCAUUCAUCACGUAUUCUUUUUCGUACAUGCCAAGAAAAACAUCCAAUAACUGCUGAUUUAUGUUUAAAAAUCAAUAGUUUUUUUUUAUUUGAUUUUUUUAUUGGUAUUCUUCUUACAAAUCGUUCAUAUUAUACUAAUUUAAAAACAUUUAUUAAAAAACUUGGUGAAGAUUCAUCAAUAAUACGUUCAAUUAAUUUACAUUUAACAUCUAAUAUAUCAUUUGUUAUUAAAUAUGCUCAAUAUAUAUUUCGUUUUGCUAUUGCUAUAUUUCAACAUUUAUCAUUUGGUAAUUUUCCAACAAUAACAACAACAAAUAAUUCAUUAUCAUCAACAAAUUUAAUUCAUUUACAAAUUGGUUUACAAUUAGCUUUUAUGCUUAUUGAUUUACUUUUUGCAAUUAGUGAUCAAGUUAAAUAUUUACCAGAUUUUCAUGAACAAAUUAUAAAUGUACUUGUUCGUAUGGCAAUCUUAUUUCAAAAUCGAUAUUUACAACGAUUACAUAUACUUAAAUUAUUAAAACGUUUUUCCUAUCGAUAUAAAACAAAAAUGUUAAAUUGUGAAUCAUAUUUAAAAAAUUUAUUUGAAUAUAUUGAUACAUUUCGUGGUGAUCAUCUUCGUUUGGUAUUUUCAAUUCUUGCUUCAAUGUAUAAUACAGGUGUAUAUAAUGAUCUGAAUAUGUUUGUUACUAAAUGUUUAAUUCAACCAUAUAAAGAAAAAGCUCGUGGUGUUUUUGGUGCUAUUGAAAUUUUUCGUUCACUUCUACUUAGACAUGUAGCAGAUUUAACACAAGCACCAAGCAAUGGCAAUAUUCGUCUUGAUGGAAAAAUGACUAAUCAUGAAAAUGAAUUAAAAGAUCUUCUUGGUCUUGUACAAUCAUCUGGUAUGCAAUGUCCACAAUCAUUAGCAUUAUUCUAUGAUGAAUUAGCAACAAUACUUGGUUCAGCUAAUACUCAAAAAUUACAAAAACAACAACAAAAAUUUAAUUCAUCAUCAACACAAAUUGAUACACAAUCUAUUAAUUGGUUUGCUAUAUCAGCAGCUGAUAUGUUUCAAGAAGCAUUUCUUAAUGAUAGUAAUGUAUCAUUAACAUCAAAUUCACUUGAUAUUAAUCGUUUUGCACAACAAACUCGUAUUGUCUAUAAUUUCGAUGGACAAACAACAAAUGCAGCAAUACUUAAUUUAGCAAAUAUUAUUUCGAAAUAUCAUCAAUAUCGAACAAUGAGUGAUACAUGUUCAUCACCAAUAUUAUUAGCACCAAUGUUACGUUUAAUUGUUUUAGCAUCAUGGUCAAAUAUAGAUCAAGUUGAUGCUGUUCUACAAUGUUCAUUACGUAUACCUGAUAUAGUAUCAUCAAAUGAUAUUGAUAUUGAUGUACCAAAAUCUUUAGAAUAUUAUCGUGAAAAAUUAAAUGAACUUUCAAAUUUAUCAUUAAAUAUUUUAUGUGAUGUUUAUUAUUAUGCUAGUCGAUUAUUUCGUGAAAUAUGUAAUUUACUUUCAUUAGUUAUCAAUCAAAAUGAAUCAUUAAUAACAACAAGACUUGAACAAUUAACUGAUAUUGAAGAACAUUUUUCUAUUUGUGUACAAAUAUGUCGACAAAAAUAUGGAUUUUAUGAACCAAUAUGUUCAAAUAUUGAAAGAAAUAAAAUUAAAAAAUUUCCAAAAAAAACUACAAUUAAUAAAGUAAAACCAAAUAAACAACAAGGAACUAAACGAUCUGUUCCAAUAACAGAUGAUGAAGAAGAUGAAGAAAGUAAAAGUGAAGAUGAAGAGAAUACUAAUAAGAAAAAAUCUCGAACAACAACAGUAUCAAAGCCAAAAGUUAAACCUAAAACGAAAUCAAAACAAUCAUCAAUAUUUGAUAUAUAUGAAUUUGAUAUACGUCCUCUUGAAUAUAUAACAUUUCCAUAUAUAUCAAAAUAUCUUGAACGUUUACCAAAAAGUAAUGGCAAACAACGUUUAAUUAUUCUUCGUUGUGUAUCAACAUUAAUGGGUGAUCUUCAUCGUUUAUUAACAAAUAAUAAUUUAUCAAUAUCAUCCAUAGGUAUAAUUAAAAAACGUUUUGAUACUCAUACAGCACCAACAACAUUACAAACUCAACAAAUACGUAAUGAUAAUGAUAAUAGUGAUGAAAGUUUUGAAGAAAAUAAUGAUGAUAAACUUGAUUUUAUGACAUUAGAAUAUUUUGAAAUGUUUUUAAUACAAGUUAUAAAUACAAUGAAAUAUAUUCAUAUGUUUAUGAGUACAACAAAUGAUGAUAGUGCAAAUCAAUCCAUGGAUACAGAUGAUGAUAUAAAUUGUUUAAUUGAUCGUGAUCAAAGUCGUGAUAUAGCUAGUCGUGCUUUUUAUUAUGCACUUGAUAGUUUUUAUUUUUUAUUAAGUUUAUUUAAAGUUAAACAAAUAAAUUGGCAAAAAGAUUUAGAUAAAGAUGAAACAUGUUUAAAUUAUUUAUUAAAAAUUCUUAUGAAUCAUAUUUUAUUAACAAAAAAAAUAAGUGAAAAAGGAAAAGAAGAACAUGAACAAGAAAAUGAACGUGUACGAAUAUUAAAAAAAUUUUUUUCAUUUACUGAUAUUCUUAAUUUGAUUGAUUCAACUCGUCUUUGUCAAUCUCUGGAAUUAUUUAUUCAAUUAUUUGAUGAAGAAACACAUCAAGAUGAACUUUACAAAAUAUUUACUGCUAAAUGUCGUCAAUUUUUAGAAGAAUGUAGUCUUGAUAUUAAUUCAAGUACAGUUAUAUCAUUAUCAAAAAUAACAUCUGUACGAGCUGUUGAAAUACUUCUUAAUUUAUAUUUACUUCAUGUUGAAUCAAAUGAAAUAAAUCCUAUUAUUGAUGGAUUAAUACAUUAUUCAUUAAAAAUUUUUAUACGAGCUGAAAAAGGUUCAAAAAAUGAUCAUGAAAAUAUGGAUGAUGAUACAUCAGAUAAUGCAAUUGUUGAUUUAUCAACAUGGAAUAUGAAAUCAACAUUUAUUGUUUAUUUUCGUUGUCUUUUUAAACAUUUUAUAAUUAAAGCUCGAUCAAUUAAACUACCUAAUGAAUCAAAGAAAAAAAAUGAACUCGAAAAUAUAUGUACAGAAUGGUUAGAACUUAAUGAAUUAUUUCGUAAAUUUGUAUCAUUUGUUACUAUUGAUCAGAUAUAUGCAAAAAAUGCUAUGGUUAUUUCAACUAUUCUUCGUUGUUCUAAACAAUAUAUUGAUGUAUUUCGAGCUCGUGCAAUGCCAACAUUAGAUCUUUAUUUUUUACAUGAUACAUAUGGAAUAAAACAAUUAUUAACUAUAUUACAAAAAUCAACUCGACUUUUACAAUCACUUUGUAAUAUGGUUAAAAAAGAUCAAAAACAUAUGUCGUGUAUACGACUCAUACCAGCAUUAAAACGUACACUUGAAAUGCUUAUGUGUCGAGCUAAACUAAUGGUUGAUGUUAAUAAUUGUCCAGCUAAUGUAUUUUGUAUUGGUCAAUUAAAAGCAAAAGACUUAAAAGGAAAUGAAUUAGCAGAUUUAACUUAUCGUCAACAACAUGAAGAAGAUGAAAAUGAAAAUUCUUCGACAAUUGAUGAGGAUUCAAAUGAUGUUCAACCAGAUCAAGAUGAAGAAGAUGAAGAAGAACAAGAUGAAGAAGAAGAAGAAAAUGAUGAAUAA